GCGGGGCUGGGGGAGGAGAAGGAAGCGGAGCGAGGCACAAGCUCCGCAUUGCAGCCGAGCCCGGGAGCCCGGCGCACCGAGCCGAAGCGGGGAAUCCGCCCGAGGAAGGCCCAGCCACCUCCGCUCCCGUCGGACGCUUCCAGCUAACUCGCCGCCUGCUUGCACCGAGGGAGCCGGGGAGUUGCACCCGGGACCCAGCCUGUCUCCUGGGGAACAGCCCGGGCUGGGUUGCUGUACACAAACCUCCCGGCGCUCGCUGCGGGUCCCGCACCGGUGCAGCGUCUGCGCGCGGCCACGCCGGAGUGAAAGCGGAUCUGGGAGAUGACGGUCCCAUGAGUGCGGAUCAGAAGCAGGAUCUCAUGACUCACCUGACGCCCCCCCCCGGAGAAAGGCCAUUCACGUUUCCCGCUUGCGACGAAAGCUUUAGCGAUGAGAGAGACCUCAUAAUUCACAGCCAGGCGGAGGAACGGGAGUACAAAUGCAUUCUGUGCGGGAAAUGCUUCAACCAGCAGCCCAGCCUGACCCGGCACCAGAAGAACCACACGGGGGAGAGGGCCUACGUCUGCCCCGAGUGCGGUAAGAGCUUCAGCCUCAAGCACAACCUGAUCAUCCAUCAGCGCACGCACACGGGCGAGCAGCCCUACAAGUGCAGUGUCUGCGAGAAGAGCUUCAGCCUGAAGCAGAACCUCGUCACCCACCAGCGCAUCCACACCGGGGAGCGGCCCUUCGCCUGCCCCGAGUGUGGGAAGAGCUUCCGGGAGCAGCGAUUCCUCCUCAACCACCAGAGGACCCACACGGAGGAGCGGCCCUACGAAUGCGGUGACUGCGGCAAGGCCUUCAAGGAGAAGCAGACACUCGCCAGCCACCAGAGGACCCAUAGCGGGGACAGGCCGUACCAGUGCACCGAGUGCGGGAAGAGCUUCAGCCAGCGCACGUUCCUGGUGACGCACGAGAAGACCCACCAAGGGGGGAGCCCGUUCACCUGCGACGAGUGCGGGAAGAGCUUCAGUUGCAAGAGCGGCCUUGUCACCCACCAGCGCAUCCACACCGGGGAGCGGCCCUUCGCCUGCCCCGACUGCGGGAAGCGCUUCAGCCAGAAAGGCUCUCUGAAGAUCCACCAGAGAAUCCACACUGGGGAGACCCCCUUCACAUGCCCCGAGUGCGGGAAAACCUUCACGCAGAAGAUAAACCUGACUACGCACCAGAGAACCCACCUGGGAGACAAAGCCCUGACAUGAGCCUGAUGUCAUGCUAAAAGCUUUGCAGAGCGGAUAGCUCUGAACUCCACUGGGAGCUCCUGGAGGGGCCCAUGACUGCACUGGAUGUGAGAGGCUGAACGGCAGAGACGCCAUGUGAACGUUCGGAGUGUCCAGAAGGCCUCAGUCGCUCCUUACGCACCCCGGAGUCCCCACAGGGGAUACUGAUUGUCUUCACGCACUGACUCUGGGUCCCCCUGUACAGCUCCUCUUUCCAUUGGUCGGUCAGGGAGCGAGAAGGAUGAGUGUGAAAAAGAAGCAGGAGCUCAUGACUCAUGUGAAAUAUUCAUACACUGUAUGUGGGAAGAGCUUCAGCCCACAGCCACCUCUCCUAGAAACCACACAGGAGAGAAGGUGGCACCUGGAGCAGGAUCUCAUCCCACCCCCUGGAAUCCAACCCAGAGAAACUGUGUUAUCCUCAUAAUUGAUUAAAAAAAAAAAACUUCAGAGACCAGAGAUUUCUUCUAAAUCACCAGGGACCCUACACAGAGCAGAGACUGAGCAAAUAUAGUCCUUGCUGCAAAACCUUCAGGGAGAAGCAGGCCCACAAAACCCCAGAGAACCUGCACUUGGGAGAGACCAUCCCAGUUAACUGAAUGUGGGAGAGGCUUGGUUUGAGGAUAUUCCUGCUGACAUAUGAGAAAAUCCGCAAAGGAGGGGCCCCAUUUACCUGCUCUGAGCACGGGACAUGCCUCAGCUGUCAUUAUACCCCAGAGAAUCCGUAACAGAGGAGACCAUUUAAAUGCCCCAAGGGAGGGCACGCUCCUCAUAAGAUAAAACUUCCCCAGUGAAUCUGCAUGAGUGAGAUCACUUAACCAGAACUGGAGAACUAAGGAGCUGCAAAGAUAAGCUAAGAAUAAUUCUCUCUGCCGGAAUCACUGGGUAUGGUUCUGUGACCUGGCUGGUGCAGGAGGUCUGGCUAGAGGAGCACAGUGAUUUCUUCUGGCUUUAAAUUCUGUGAAUCUGUAAUUCUGAAUAUACACCUGAGACCUCCUGAAGGUGGGAAAAUAUUUUGAUAAAACACAAGGAGAGACAUCAUACAAAUGUCAUGUAUGUUGGAAAAAUCUUGUUCGCUCCCCUUGCUGUACAGGACAGCAAGAAAUCUCCAAGUGGCUGCACUGGAGUGUUGCUCCCUGGUUGCUGUUACAGGCCAGUUCAAGGAGAGUUGCUAUGCCAGUGGCAUGUAGUUGCAUCCACAUUUUUCCCUUUGUGAUAUUUCCCACCUCCUGUUCUAGUCUCUUCUGGUCCUUUCUGUUUGUGUUUGUAAUGUUUCUUUUCUAUGCCUGAAGAUUUCGGGCAGAAGGGGAAGGUUUCAUUAAUGUUUCAAAAGGAGGCAAGUUUCUGCUGCAUGUGAGGAGGGCAAGAAUUCAGUCUGUUUUCCCUGGGAGAGGCAGCUGCUGGAAAAGGCCAUCAGUGCAGUCAGCAUAAAACUCAAGAGAUGUCCAACACAAACGGUUCCUGCCUGUGUCACUCAGCUGUUCAGAUGAGUAAAAGAGAAAUGGUUUGGAAAAAUGAAUUUUCCUUUCAUGGUUUUCUGCCGUUUGCUCAGUGUUACAUCUCACUCUGCCUGGGCAAGGAAACCAGAUUGGUCAGUUUUAGUUUCUAGCCAUUUUCACUUUCCGGAUCUCGCCAUGGGCAUAUCGUUACUGGGUUCAGUGGAGCUGUAUUGGGGUAAAAUUAACCCAUGGAUUUCAAGUCACAACAGCUGAUACAUCCAGAGAUUAACAUCAUAGAUCAGACUUUAGGGCCCAGUCCAACUCCUGUUGAAAUAAAUGGACAGGCUCUCAUUGACUUCAGUGGGAACAGGAGCAGAAAGGCUCAAUCCUUCAAGGUGCUGAAUACUCUGGCCAUGAUCCAGCAAAGCAAAGCACUUUGGCACAUGCAUUGGCAUCAGUGGGACUACUCACUGGUUUAGCAAGGGCGUAAGUGCUUCACUGGAUCAGGGUCAGAGUGCUGAGCACCUUGCAGGAUUGAGGCCUUAGUGACUGAGGAGAAAAUCUGAUCACCCUUAUCCUACGAAGGGAUAGGGUACCCACCCUGGAUGAGAGAGCACGUGUAUCUCAUCGUCAGAGAUUCAUGCAAACACUCCGAUCGGUACAAGGUUUUUGAGAUCCUCACCCUCCCAACACCCUUUAUUUAAAAAAAAAAUCUGAAUGUUGUCUGUAACCCCAGAGGAUUGGCUGGGUAAGUUUCUCUUUGGGAAGGCACGGCUACCAUUUCCCCAAGACCUUUCUAUGGCUGGAGAGUGCCGUAUUCCUGAUUAAGAGGCAUGUGAUGGCUCGUAUUUCUAUAGAGGAUCCUGGGUCUUUAACUAUCUGCUUGAAUACUUGUAGUGACCCCUGCCUGGGCAGAAGGAUAUGGGUUGAUUAAAGGGUGUGAAAAUAUGACAGGAGCAUGGUGGGGAGGGGCAUGUCUGCUGAGGGUUAAUCCUGGGGGGAAGCAGCAGUGAAAUGGGGGGUGUCUCUCGGGUACUGUAGCUGGAAUGCUAGAGAUCAAUAAAGUAAGGUGUGUU